CCACAGUGAAACCUCAUCACGACAGACAAGAAAUGGGCGGCCACCAUUCCCACUAUUCCCACGAAUAACAAUACUACGUAUUACUAGGAACGCUAGUAACAGCCCCGCCAUUCGGACCACGGGGCACAGGAGCUCAGUAAGCUUGGGUUAGUAAUGCCAUUAAUCGCCAUGAAGUUCACCCCACGCUCCAAGAAGUGAGUGAAAUGAAGCCAACUCUGUACAAUCCCUCCCUACACUGCACUCUAACCACCAACCUUCGACCAGACACGAGCUGUCAGGAAACAUGGCUGCAACUCACAAGGUAUCCGUUGCCAUUAUAGGCGCUGGUGGCGUCGGCAAAUGCUUCCUAUCCCAAUUCGAGGCUCUGUCUAAGCGACGGCCGACUCCUAAGCUAGACCUCUGCUAUAUCGCUACGAGCAGGAAAGCCCUCUUCAAUGCCGACUACUCUAUCGCUAUCGACAAUGUCGCCCAGGAGCUUGCCGCCUCCAGCAAAUCGCCCCUGAGCCUGCCCCAUGUCGCCGACUUUCUCGCCGCAGCGCCCUCCAAGGUCGUCCUCGUCGACAACACUAGUUCCCAGGAUGUGGCAGACACCUAUCCCCUCUUCCUCAGCCGCGGAAUCAGCAUCGUCACCCCCAACAAAAAGGCCUUUUCGGGCUCCUACAAACUGUGGCAGGACAUCUUCACUGCCGCCGCUACGUCCGGAGCCAAGGUUUAUCACGAGUCCUCCGUCGGAGCCGGUCUCCCUGUCAUAUCGACGCUGAAGGACCUCGUGGACACUGGCGACGAGGUGACCAAGAUCGAGGGCGUCUUCAGCGGCACCCUGUCGUUCCUCUUCAAUUCGUUCGCGCCCGUCGACGGUUCCGGUGGCCAGUGGUCCGCCGAGGUGAAGAAGGCAAAGGAGCUGGGCUACACCGAACCUGACCCCCGAGACGAUCUGAACGGCCUUGAUGUCGCUAGGAAGCUAACGAUACUGGCGCGACUGGUGGGCCUACCUGUGGAGUCGCCCACUUCCUUCCCGGUGCAAAGCCUGAUUCCGAAAGAGCUGGAGUCGGCUUCGAGCGGGGAUGAGUUCUUGCAGAGGCUCCCCGAGUUCGACGCUCGGAUGGAAGAGACAAAGGCUGCGGCUGCAAGCCAAGACAAGGUGGUACGGUUUGUCGGUAGCACCGACGUGGCCAGCAAGGCCGUCAAAGUCGGGCUCGAGUUGUUCGACAAGUCGCACCCCAUCGCGGCCCUUAAAGGCAGCGACAACAUCAUUAGCUUCUACACCAAGCGGUACGGGGCCAACCCGCUCAUCAUACAGGGUGCUGGCGCUGGAGGCGAGGUGACGGCCAUGGGAGUCACUAGCGAUCUGCUCAAAGUACUGUCGCAAAUAUCGUAGAACCAAAUCUGAUAUGCAAAUCUAACGGUAUUAUUACUCCGCCUUGCUGCGGCCUUCUAUGCCACUGCGGCUAUCUGCUGUCGUCGGAUUCUUGUGAUUGUUGGCGUAAUAUUUUCAACGCUCUUCACCAGCU